GAAAAAAAAUGUAACUAUGUGAGGUGAUGGAUGUUAACUUACUGUGGUAAUCAUUCCCCAGUAUAUACAUACAUCAAAUCAUUAUGUUGUGCACAUUAAAUUAAUACAGUGUUAUAUACCAAUUAUAUCUCAGUAAAACUGGGGGGAAAUUUAGAAUUCUGAAAGAAGGAGUUCUCCUGCUGAGAUAGGUCCCACCACAAAGUCCAGCUCAUGUUUUAGGAUUGGUGAAAAUGAUGACCUGAACUCAGCUAAUAUUAUUAUUCCUUCAGUUUACAAUUUGAACCAGCUAACAACAAACAGGGCAAGAUAAUAUAUAUGAGAUCAUGGAUGCAAGAGAGUGCAUGUGUCUUCCCGGUGAGAUGGGCUAAAUAAGAUAGUUGGUAUGGUGGCUAGAGAGGGCUCCAGGCUCCUUCUGUGUAGUUGACCAGCCAUUCUUAACGCAUGGCUUCCACCUUGUGAAAAACAUGGCUGCUCCAGUUUCUAUCAUCAUGCCUACAUACCAGCCAGCAGAAGAGAGGGAGGGAGACGGAAGGGCAUACUUCUCCGUAUAAACUCACGUCCUGAGUGUUACACACCUCAUUCUACUCACAUCCCAUUGGAAGAACCUAUUCGUGUAGCCACUUCUAACUGCCAAGGAGACUAGAAAAUGUCUAGCGGGGUAGCUGUGUGCCCAGUUAAAAGUUCUAUUGCUAUGCUACAGGGAGAAAAGGGAUUCUAAGGAAAGCCAGGCAUCAUUGCUAGUCUUCCUCCUUGUCCACCAGCUACAGGCAUCCUUCCUUCCACUUGCAGAACAUGUUUAUCCUUCCCAAGGGAAGACAAUCCCAAAGUCCCACCAUUCUGCAUCCAGCCACAAACAGAACCUCUCUUCCAAAGGGAAGUUCCCUCCAUCUCCGCACGUAAACCUAGCCUGAGCUUCUCUGUCUUGUAGAAUUUUGCCAAAAGUGGCAAGAAGGAGCCAACACAUCAGUGUUCUGCCAUUUUUUCUAGUUAGUUCCUCUAGUGCAGUGGUUCUUACCUGGGGGCAGUCUAGCUCCUUUAAGGGGCAUGAGGGAAUGUAUGGGGAAGUUCUUGAUUGUUAUAUUGCCUGGGGCUAGUAGAUAAGAUCAUUGAAUCAUUUUCAGUUCAUGCUGCUGGCAUUUUAUGGGUGGGGAGCUGUACAUCCUACGAUGCCUAGGGUAUUCUUGACCAACAAAAAGUUAUUCUACCCCAAAUGCCAAGAGUACCUAUGUUAAGAAACACUGCCUUAGAGCUAUAGGCUCUAUAAGCACGUGGUCUGCAACUUCAGUAUCAUAUGGUGAUAGUUUUAUCAGAUGUUUUGCCAUAGCAUGAGUCACCACCGUUCCCAUCCACAGUAUCCUCACCACCUGUUGCCUGACUGCCAGUGCCUCCUGUUACACGUUUUAUUCCAGUAGCAUCUCACUUUUAGGUACAAAUUAUGUGUUAGGUUAUCAGCUGCUGUGGUAGUAAUCCCAAAAUGAUGAUGGUUUAAAUUAGACAAAAUUAUUUAUCAUGUCCGAGCUGUUUGUUCUUCUUGAAGACAUCAAGGACAUACACUUCUAUCUUAUAACUCUACUAUUCUUACUGUACAGCUUCUUCAACGAGUUCAGGGUGGUUGUACCAACUCCUGGCUUCACACACAAACUCCACUAGAAGGGAUGCUUUAAGGGCACGAUCCAGAAGUUGCCCUCAUCUGGCAACAACCCAUAUGACUGUGGACAAGAGAACAGAUAAAUAAAGAGUGCACAUAUACCAAGAACCAAGGAUACUGAGGUGAAUGAAAUUGAUCAUGCCCUUGAGGAGGUUCCCGAUGUUAUCAGCAGCAUAAGGCAGUUAUCGAAAGCUGCCAUGAAAGAGGAUGCCAAACCCAGCAAAGACAACGAGGACGCCUUUUACAACUCACAGAAGUUCGAGGUCUUGUACUGUGGCAAGGUGACCGUGACCCACAAGAAGGCGCCGUCCAGCCUCAUCGACGACUGCAUUGAGAAGUUCAGCCUGCACGAGCGACAGCGCCUGCGGGUCCAGGGCGAGCCGCGCGUCGCGGAUGCCGGCGAGGACCCGGCGGUGUCGGAGGCCCAGACGCCCACUUCCCCCGCCGACGUUCUGUCCGAGGAAGGGGAUGGCGUCAACGACACCCACCCCGUCUUCCCCGCGGCGCCCAGCCAGCCUGGGCCGUCCAGCUCUCGAGUCUGCUUCCCUGAGCGGAUUUUGGAAGACUGUGGCUUUGAUGAACAGCAGGAGUUCCGGUCUCGGUGCAGCAGCGUCACCGGUGUCCUGCAAAGGAAAGUUCAGGAGAACAGCCAGAAAACGCAGCCGCGGAGGAGGCAUGCCAGCGCGCCCAGCCACGUCCAGCCCUCGGAUUCGGAGAAGAACAGAACGAUGCUGUUUCAGGUUGGACGGUUUGAGAUUAACCUUAUCAGUCCAGACACUAAAUCACUUGUGCUUGAAAAGAAUUUUAAAGAUAUCUCUUCUUGUUCCCAGGGUAUAAAGCAUGUUGAUCACUUUGGCUUUAUCUGUCGGGAGUUGCCGGAACCCGGGCUGAGCCAGUAUAUCUGUUACGUGUUCCAGUGUGCCAGCGAAUCUCUGGUUGAUGAGGUAAUGCUGACUCUGAAACAGGCUUUCAGCACGGCUGCUGCCCUGCAGAGUGCCAAGACCCAGAUUAAGCUGUGCGAGGCCUGCCCUAUGCACUCUUUGCAUAAGCUCUGUGAAAGGAUUGAAGGUCUCUAUCCGCCAAGAGCCAAGCUGGUAAUACAGAGGCAUCUCUCGUCCCUGACAGAUAACGAGCAAGCUGACAUCUUUGAACGAGUUCAGAAAAUGAAGGCAGUCAAUGACCAGGAGGAAAACGAACUUGUGAUUUUACAUCUGAGGCAGCUGUGCGAAGCCAAGCAGAGGACACACAUACAUAUUGGGGAAGGCCCAUCGACUAUUUCAAAUAGUACAAUCCCAGAAAAUGCGACGAGCAGUGGAAGGUUCAAACUUGACAUUCUGAAAAAUAAAGCUAAGAGAUCCUUAACUAGCUCCCUGGAAAAUAUCUUCUCAAGGGGAGCGAACAGAAUGAGAGGUCGGCUUGGAAGUGUGGACAGCUUUGAACGAUCCAACAGUGUUGCUUCAGAGAAGGACUGCUCCCCAGGAGACUCCCCGCCAGGGACCCCACCAGCUUCCCCACUGUCCUCAGCUUGGCAGACGUUCCCUGAAGAGGAUUCCGACUCCCCGCAGUUUCGAAGACGGGCCCACACGUUCAGCCACCCACCUUCCAGCACGAAGAGAAAGCUGAAUUUACAGGAUGGGAAGGCUCACGGGCUUCGCUCCCCUCUUCUGAGGCAUAGCUCCAGCGAACAGUGCAGUGAUGGAGAGGGGAGAAAAAGGACCUCGUCUACCUGCAGCAAUGAGUCCCUGAACGUUGGAGGAACCCCUGUCACUCCUCGCCGAAUUUCCUGGCGGCAGCGCAUCUUCCUUAGGGUUGCCUCUCCCAUGAACAAAUCUCCCUCGGCCAUGCAGCAGCAGGAUGGACUGGACACGAGUGAGCUGCUGCCACUGUCCCCUCUUGCCCCACCCAUGGAGGAGGAACCGCUGCUUAUAUUCGUGUCUGGUGACGAUGACCCAGAAAAGGCUGAAGAAGGAAAAAAGUCGGAGGAACUGAGGAGUUUGUGGAGAAAAGCUAUACACCAGCAAAUCCUGUUGCUUCGAAUGGAAAAAGAAAACCAGAAACUUGAAGCAAGCAGAGAUGAACUCCAGUCCAGAAAAAUUAAAUUGGAUUAUGAAGAAGUUGGAGUAUGUCAGAAGGAGGUCUUAAUAACCUGGGAUAAGAAGUUGUUAAACUGCAGAACUAAAAUCAGAUGUGAUAUGGAAGAUAUUCAUACUUCUCUUAAAGAAGGUGUUCCCAAAAGUCGACGAGGAGAAAUCUGGCAGUUCCUAGCUUUGCAGUAUCGUCUAAGACACAGAUUGCCUAAUAAACAACAACCUCCUGACACAUCCUAUAAAGAGCUUUUAAAGCAGCUCACGGUUCAGCAGCAUGCUAUUCUCGUGGAUUUAGGGAGGACAUUUCCUACUCAUCCUUACUUUUCAGCACAGCUUGGGGCAGGGCAGCUCUCUCUCUUUAACCUCUUGAAAGCCUACUCAUUGCUGGACAAAGAAGUGGGUUACUGUCAGGGGAUCAGCUUUGUGGCUGGAGUCCUGCUUCUGCACAUGAGUGAAGAACAAGCCUUUGAAAUGCUGAAAUUCCUCAUGUAUGACCUGGGCUUUCGCAAGCAGUACCGACCUGACAUGAUGUCACUACAGAUUCAAAUGUACCAGCUGUCCAGGCUCCUUCAUGACUAUCACAGAGAUCUCUACAAUCAUCUUGAAGAAAAUGAAAUCAGCCCCAGUCUUUAUGCUGCCCCCUGGUUCCUCACAUUGUUUGCCUCUCAAUUUCCAUUAGGAUUUGUAGCCAGAGUUUUUGAUAUUAUUUUUCUUCAGGGAACUGAAGUUAUAUUUAAGGUUGCCCUCAGCCUGCUGAGCAACCAAGAGGCACUCAUAAUGGAAUGUGAAAACUUUGAAAAUAUUGUUGAAUUCCUUAAAAGCACGCUCCCUGAUAUGAAUUCCUCUGAAAUGGAAAAACUUAUCACCCAGGUUUUUGAGAUGGAUAUUUCUAAACAGUUACACGCCUAUGAGGUGGAGUAUCACGUGCUGCAGGAUGAGCUCCAGGAAUCUUCCUAUCCCUGCGAGGAGAGCGAACCCAUGGAGAAGUUGGAGAGGGCCAACAGCCAACUGAAAAGACAAAACAUGGACCUCCUAGAAAAAUUACAGAUAGCUCAUGCUAAAAUCCAGACCUUGGAAUCCAACCUGGAAAAUCUUUUAACCAGAGAGACCAAAAUGAAGUCUUUGAUCCGGACCCUGGAACAAGAGAAAAUGGCUUAUCAAAAGGCAGUGAAUCAUAUUCGGAAGCUGCUGCCAGCAGACGCUCUGGCCAAUUGCGAACCGCUGCUGAGAGACUUCAACUGCAACCCUAACAGCAAAGCCAAGACAGGAAACAAGCCGUAACUGAAGACGUGCCACCCCAGCCAGAAGUGCUCUGAGGAUGUUACCGACAGAAGGAGUGUGCAUGCUGCUGGCCCAGAGCUGACAGAACCACUGAACUGGUUCCGAGCCCAAGUCAGAGCCGGUAACCCUCGCUCUCCUUAGAGCAUGCCAGUUCUAAGCCAUUGUACAUAUGUAGACUGUUUUUUGCUGUCCUUGUUGACUAUGUACAUAUAUAUAUAAUGGACAUAAAGAGUUCAUGCUUUCACAUAAAGGAGUAGAUGUAUAUUUAGAGCAGUUUUUUAAAAAAAAUCAACACUUCAUGAAAUCCAAACCAAAGGGAAGUUAAAAUGAAAUUCCCCUUGGACCCAUGUGAAAUCAUUUGUUUUUGUAGUGAAACAAAGCUAGAACAUCUUUGUAUAUUGAAAUAUACUUGAAAAAAAUGAAUGUAUUUUUUUCUCCAAAGAACAGCAUGUUUCACUCAUUGCUGGAGAGGUGGAAACAUUUGUGUAGCUUUAUGUGCAUCUGUCUUAAAAUCUACUGACAUUUUUAAUAUAUAUAUACAUGUAUAUGAGGAAAAUGAUUGCCAGUCAGGCUCCUUAUGGGUUUUUCAGGAACGUAGGGGCCGUCCCCUGCUGCCUGCUUUGUGCCAACGAGCAUGUUGCAUCUACAUACAUUUUGAGUCUGGUCAGGCAUUACUUUAGGUGUGUGGAAGGAGAAAGCAAGACUGUGGCUGAGUUUGCCCACCCAGCUCAAAGUGAAAGAGAACACUACUAAUUUUCUAGUAAAUUAGACCAGCAUUGUUACUUAAACUAAAAAUAUCAGUCCUCAAAAAUUUAAUUUAGGACCUAAAUUGUCUAGAUCUACUUUCUACCUUUUUAUUCAAAUUAUUCCUACAGUUGUGAAUGAACUCCCCUUUACUUGGUGCCACAGUUGGUGAUAAGGAUUUGCCAUUUCCCUCUAAAAUGUAGGCACUCUUACCUUAGUUCUCUCUACCUUAAAUGGAGGAUAAGGAAAUGAAAUUAUGAUUGGUUUUCUAAAGAUGAUGUACUGUGUUGAGAUACGUUGUGUUUUGUUUUGUUUUUUUUUUGCCAAUUGACAGGUCUGAUAAGCUUGUAAUCAUUUUCCCCUUCCAUGUGACAAUUUAUGAGAACUGUGGAAUAUUUUAAGUAAGCUGUUGAAAGCUGAGAAAGCCCUUCUGAAACCUACAACUCUGCAUUUGGACGCCUGACUUUCUCAGUCUACAGAUAGAUUAUGCGUAGACAUUCAUGCAUGCUGGGUGAAUGGAAGGAAAGUAACUUAAAAAUUGAGUUACACAUGGAAUUUCUCCAUUUCAGAGAUGAUUCUAUGAUAGUGCCUCGGAAAGUUGAUAACAGCGUUUUUGCCUUUCCAAACAAUAUUUUUCGUUACUGCUUUUUGCAGUACUUGUAUCAUCACAGAUGGAUUACCUGGGAUAAUUUCCCUCAAAUUUCUCUAUUUGUAGGAGAGGUAUUUUCCUAUGAGGAAUAUGACAAAUAUUAUCUGGUUACUGUCUGGUGAUGAAAAUUACCUCAUGUGUAAUACACAGGUGGUAGCCAGGGAAUCUUCAAGUUGGGAAAAGAAACUUUUCCUUUCAGUUGUUCCGUUUAAAAUAAAUUUUAUUCUGGGUGUUCAAAGUCAGCGUUAGAGUUGUAUUACGGUGUUCGGAGCUUAAGUUGUCUUGGAUACAAUAUUUCUUUUGAAAAUGAAUUUUUCUUUUGUGAUCUUUUAAAUGUUGCAACGAUUAUGCUUCAUGCAUUGUUACAUCUUCAUCCUAUUAAUGUAAUGUCUAGUUCAUUUCCAAUAAAUACAUUGCUGCAGUUUC